AUGGAGGCUCUCGCGGACUCAACGGACGACGCCAUUACCGCCGCCGCCGCCGACGAGCCCGCCGCCGCCGACGAGCCUUCCUCACCCGACGAGCCUUCCUCACCCGACGAGCCUUCCUCACCCGACGAGCCUUCCUCACCCGACGAGCCUUCCUCACCGGAACCCCUUGCUGAGAGGGAUUUCCUCUUUUCCGCGGCGCUAGCAGCAUCAGUCGGUUCGCGGAAGCGCAAAGCGUCUAAAAUCGAGGAGGUGCCCUCGGCGGCUGCACCUGUCGCGGGCGGAAGAGAGGGAGAGUUUGAGUCGGAGGUGACGCGCCAGCUGCGCCGUCCGAUUGCUGAUGUCAUCCUCCGCGGCAGCGGGGCCGGCGGCGCUGCUUCUCCCGACGCUCCCGCGCCUCCCGCGGCUGCGCCGGCUACCACUCAUGCCGCCAACCCUGCCAGCAUGACGCUCGCGGGCCAUGGCCCGCUGCAGAUGCCCUUUCGUCUGCCCAUCGCCAAGGGUGCAGCAGCUUCCACUGCACAUGCGUCACUAGCAGGUAUUCCCGUGCCAGAAGCAGCAGCUUGCAUGAACUACUUUGACAAUUCAGAUUAUAAUAUUGCGGGUUUUGGCGGAAUUCCCACGCGUGGAGGCGGGGCGGCAGAUGCAGCAGACGAUUGGAUGCCGCGCAACCGCGGGCGCAAGGACCGGCAGAUGCAUCGCGAAAUUCCGAGGGAGCACAAAUGUGGCACGAGGCACCGCGCAUACCACCACUCCUCCUCCUCCUCCUCCUCCUCCCUCUCUCCCGGGAUUGCAAUGCCUUCCGCGGCCAUUAGUGUCGCCAUGUUGUCGAACUCGCUCCCCACCGUCUCCCUGUACAGCUUGCGCAUUGGAUCGUCGUCCGUCAUGAGACACAUGGCCUUGCUGGUGCGGGUCAGCGCGGGCUUCAUGCUGCGCACAGCCUGUGUGGUGGAUCGUGAGCACGGAUGGGAGGAAAUGGCGGCGUAA